AUUUAGUUAAAAGUGUUUUGGGUGGGUUUGUAAAAUUGGAGCUAAGAUCAGAAGAAAGUUUCAGCGAGUUGGAGAUGGAAUUCGAGAUGGAGUUCGAGAGUCCGUUGGUGCGUCUAUGCAUAGAGGAAGCUUGUAAGAGCGGAGAUGCGGUGGAACGAUGGCGUUUACAGAGACGGAGUCUUGAGAGGCUGCCUCCUCACCUUGCUGAUGCUCUCCUCCGUCGCCUAAUCCAACGGCGACUUCUUUUCCCUUCGUUAAUCGAAGGAUUCAAACAUUCUGUAGAGAAAAUAGAUCUUCGAGGCGAAAGCUCCAUUAACGCAGAAUGGAUGGCUUACAUUGGAGGCUUUGUUAAUUUGUUGUCUCUAAACCUUUCAGAUUGCCUGAGAAUCAACAAUUCCACUCUCUGGCCUAUCACAGGUAUUUUAUGA